AUGAUGUCUGCAGCUGUAGAGCAGAUAGCUGGUGGUUUCUCAUCUGCAGUUAUUCAACGUGUUGUUGACAAGACAAUGGACUUCCUCGAGAGCAACUACAAUGUAAGCCAUGCUACUGAAGAGCUUCUGACCAAACUCCGCACAAGCCUCACCGUCGUGAAGGCCAUAACCGAGGUGGCUGACAACCAGCUUAUCGUCAGCACUAGUCUUACCAACUGGUUGAGGAACCUCCACAGUGCUGCCUAUGAAGCGGAGGAUGUGCUUGACAGAUUUGAUUGUCAUGAGAUAGUUGCCGGAAAGCGCAAGGUGAGUGAGCUCAUUUCAUCAUCCGUCAGGGCCCUCAAAAGUUUGAUUGUGCCUGAUGAGAGUAUGAAAAGGCUUGAAUGUGUUGUGCAAAAGCUAGACCACCUUUGUGCAACGUCCAACACAUUUGUUGAGCUAAUGAAGCAGAGUAAUUUAACCACCAUGAAGGAGGAAGGAAUUCGGAGAGAGACUACUUCUCGUGUUCCAGUUGAUGUCAAGGUGUUUGGCCGCGAUGAAGUUCUAGAGUUGAUACUGAAAAUUAUUUUGGGUUCAUCUAGCUCUGAACCAGAAUCCAGCAGCUUAAGAGCAAAACUUGGGGCAAGGUACUGCGUUGGCGGUGUUGAUGUCGUCCCAAUUGUUGGUAUGAGUGGGGUUGGGAAGACAACCCUUGCUCAAAUUAUUUACAAUCAUGAAAAUGUGAAGCUUUACUUUAAGCACAGAGCAUGGGUGUAUGUUUCAAAACACUUCAGCAUGAAAAGGACAUUGCAAGAGAUGUUGUGCUCUUUUAAAGGAAAUGAUUCGUCUUUUGACUACACUGAUAGUUUGGAAACAAUUGUCAACAAUAUUCAAAAUGUCUUCCACCCUGAAGAAAGGUUCCUUCUUGUGCUGGACAGUGUUUGGGAUGAGAUGUGUGACCAGUGGAGUAGUUUGCUUACUGCCAUAGCUCGUGAAGUGCCAGGAAGUGUAGUUGUUGUCACAACACAAAGCAAAAGGGUUGCCGAUACAGUGGCGACAAUAUGUCAAGUUCCACUAGCACCUUUGCCAUGGGAGAGUUUUUGGCCAGUGUUCCAGUAUUAUGCAUUUGGCACAAGCAAUGUUGUGGUUGAGAACAAUCCGACUCUUUUGUUUAUUGGUGAGAAAAUAGCAAGAAAACUAGAGGGUCUUCCAUUAGCAGCAAAAGUAAUGGGAAAUCUAUUGAGGUCUAGAUUAACUAUAGACCAGUGGAGAAGCAUCCUGGAGAGUGAUUGGUGGGACCGGAGUGACGUUUUAUGUGAAAUCCUUCCAUACAUGGGAAUUAGUUAUCAAGAUCUACACCCUAGACAGAGGCAGAGCUUUGCUUUCUGUUCGAUCUUUCCACAGAACUACUUGUUUGAUAAGGAUAGAUUGGUCAGUAUGUGGAUUUCUCAUGAUUUCAUCCAACACAGUGGAUUUGAUGGAACUAGAUUAGAGGAUAUCGGAGAUCAGGUUUUUGAUGAACUUGUACAAAGAUCAUUUUUUCAGUCUACAUUCGACAACAAGAGGUACACUAUGCACGAUCUAGUAAGGGCUCUUGCAAUUGCUGUUUCUUCAUAUGAAUGCUUCUUCCACAAAGAGACCUCCCAGAGAGCAUCACCAACUGUUCGCCACUUGGCUCUGCAAGUUGGCAAUCAAAUGCAAAUUCAUGAACUCAACAAGUAUAAGAAUCUGCGGACAAUCUUAUUGUUUGGCCAUUGUGACAGUAAUGCAAUUUGUGAUGUUGUGGACAAUAUGUUGGUCAACUCAAGAAGCAUUCGAGUGUUAGACUUGUCUCAUUUGGAGGUGAUGACGAAUAUGCUGCCUAGCAUUGCAUCCUUGAGAAAUUUGAGGUUCUUAGAUCUUUCUUUCACAAGAUUCAGCAAUUUGCGCAACUUCCCUUGCAAUCUUCAAGUUUUAUACCUCCGUGGAUAUGCUCGCAAUACUAUUCCUCAAACCAUCAACAUGCUUGCCAACUUACGGCACUUGUAUGUUGAUGCUACAGCUCUCUCUCUGAUUCCUGGUAUUGGGCAGCUAAGUCAACUUCAAGAAUUGGAGAACUUCAGUGCUGGAAAGAGAAAUGGAUUCAUGAUAAGUGAGUUGAAGUACAUGCAAGAGUUAUCUGGGAAACUUUGCAUCAGUAACAUCCACAUCAUCAAGAACAAACAUGAGGCAAUGGAUGCCAAUAUGAUUGAGAAGAAGCACCUUGAGGCCUUGGAGUUGAAGGGGAGAAAUGUAUCCAAAGAUGUACUUGAAGGAUUGCAGCCACACCCUAAUCUGCAAGAGCUCAUGAUCGAAGGUUACGGGGCCACAAGUUUCCCGAGCUGGAUGUUAGAAGCUCACCUCUUUACAAAACUAAAGUCCCUUUAUGUUGGAAAUUGCCGACAUCUAGUUGUACUUCCACCAUUUGGAAAGAUCACUUCACUCAAGCAUCUCACUCUAAAUAACUUGCCGUCAGUGAAGCAAGUUGAUGGAACAUCUUUUGAUUGUUUCCCAAAUUUGGAAGACUUAAAAGUUUCUUUGAUGACAUCAUGGACAAACUGGUCACAUGCAGAAAGUGAUCAUGGCCCUCUACUUCAACGCGUCACAAGGUUUGAACUUCAUGAUUGCCCUUUGCUGAAAGAAGUGCCUUAUCUAUCAUUCAUGUCUUCGCUGUCAGAACUUGACAUCUCGGUUUGUGGGGACUUUGUCAAGGCACUGCCACAAUAUGUACAACUCUUGACACAUCUCAAAAAAUUAAGCAUGUCUUUCUGCGAUCACACACUCCUACUCUCUGGGCAACACUUGAAGUCACUUGAGUAUCUAUAUCUUAGAAAAUGUGGAGGGCUGCGUUUGAUUGAUGGGUUACACUGUUUCCCCAACCUCAGGAAAGUUAAUGUUUAUGGUUGCCCCAACAUUCUUACUGAAUUCUCCGACCAAUCAACUAUACAAGAUGAGCAGAGUGGACUUCGACUGACCAAUAUGGUUACAGAUUACAGCUUGUUCAAUAGAAAUUGUUUUCUGCCUUCGGUGCGAGAUCUGCUCAUCGCUUAUAUAGAUGACCUUUAUUUUACCCCAGAGCAGGAGGAAUGGUUUGAACAGCUAAUCUCUGUCGAAAAAAUCGAGUUUGGUUUCUGUAAUUUUCUGGAACGGCUCCCUACUACACUAGCAAGACUUACCUCAUUAACAAUACUUCAUCUCAAAUGGACAAGACCAGUUUUCCUGGAAGGAGUUGUACCACAGAACCUCCAAGAAUUGGUCAUGAAUGGCUUUUCGGGUGAGACAGAAAACAAUUUCAAACCUGGAGGAUCAGAAUGGGUAAACAUUUCCCAUGUUCCAUAUAUUCGGCUUAAUGACAAGACAGUCCAAAAUCUGUCAGUUAAUGCUGCCUCAUCAUCCUCAAACCACCAAAGUUAA